AUGUGGACGACGACGACGACGACGCGUUUUGGGUUCUCCUCCCCUCGCAACGGCGCACACCUGACGUUGGUUGCCAAACGCUAUGUUCCGCCUCGUCACGCGCCCGACGGCCUCACCCUCGUUCUCUCGCACUCCACCGGGACGCAUAAGGAGACCUGGGAACCCUUCUUGGAACGCCUUGUUGGCGUUGCCAAGCACCCCAUUCGCGAAGCGUGGGCAUUCGACAUGCUCGAGCACGGUGAGGGUGCCGCACUCAACGAGGGUGCGCUUGCGCGAGGUGGAUUUGCCCCCGAGAUUAAGGAGUACUCGGAUGCGAUUCGCGCGUUCUUUGCCGCUGGUAACUUCAAGGCUCACCGGCUCGUGGCCAUCGGACACUCCGUCGGCGGCCCUUGUCUGCUCCUCGCGUCCGCGCCCGACGAAGUGCCCGGCGUCCCCUUCGAGGCGAUAGUGCUCAUCGAGGCCACGAUGCUCACACCUUCGGUCUAUGCCGCGAACGCGGACACACACGACGGCGCUCUCGCCGCCGCACGCGGCUUUGCAAGCGCGCCGAAGCGUCAAGACACCUGGCCGGACCGCGCCGCCGCCCGCGCCUUCCUCGACCGCCGGUACCCGUGGCAGCUCUGGGAUGCGCGCGCCCGCGCGCUUUACGUCCGGCACGGACUGCGCGACGCCCCGGACGGCAGCGUGACGCUGUGCUGCAGCAAGCAGCGCGAGGCGAACAUAUACCGCCACCACGAGUUCUACUACCGCGCCAUCGAGCGCAUGGCUGGGAUCCCGGCUGCAGUGCCGGUCCACAUUGUGUACGGGGAUCGGGGGGACAUCAUUCCCGAUUACGUGCGCGAGUGUCUGGUCGCCGUGCGCCCUGCGGCGGUGGUGCACGAGGUGCCGGACGCAGGCCAUGCGGUUGUGCAGGAGAACCCGGACGGGCUCGCGGACACCCUUUCCCGGAUUCUCAGCGGGCUGAGCAGGCCCGGGAAGGCGGCGAGGCUUUAA